CAAAGUGACUGCAGCAUUUCACAAUGGCCAGGUUGAAUCUCUGCCUUACGCUUCUGCUCUUGGGCUUGACCAGGGACAGCCUGCAGGGAGGAGUGAAACCUCAAGUAAGUGGCCAGGGAGGAGUUUACUUUCCUUCUCUAAUGAGAGGUGCAGGAGGCAUACUGCCAGGAGCUGGACUAGGGCCAGCUGGAGCCAAAGCUGGAAAAUAUUCUGCCUAUGGGCCCCAAGGGCUGUCUGCAGGACUAGGAGUUCAAAAUGGAUUUGGGGCUGCACGAGGCUUUGGGGGCAAACCAGGGAAGCCAGGUUACAGAAUCCCAACUGGAUAUGGAACUGGAUUAGGCCCUUACUGA